GGCUGCCUCUGCUCCGCUGGGGUGGCGGUGUGUAACCUGCCUAACGAGAUUAGCAGAAGGGCUCUCCUCCGCCAGCACCGCCGGAGAAGCUCCCGUGCUCCGGGUGAGUGUCUGCGCUUGCUUGCAGGGAUGCUGGAGCAGCCGUCCUGGCUUCUCUUCCCCACCUAAGCCUCACCUAACAAGAUUAAGCCAGCAGACCCCGUGCCUGGGCAGCGCUGAGGGGCUGCGGGUGUGCGGCAGCUCUGCCGGCAGCUUGCCUGCUCGGAGGCGACCUGAUGGAUAACUCGUGGGCAUAGCUGAGAAGUUUGAUGGCUUCCCGUAACCUCCCUCAGUUCUCUUGAUGUGUUUUGAAUGCAGGCGUUGCACUCCAAGCCUGCCCGCUGUGUCUCGCAGGUUACCCGGGACGGAUUAUAAACAUUUAAUGGGAAACUCUGCACGCGACGUCCAGUGAAAUGGCAUCGGACAGCGAGGUAAAAACCCUGCUGAACUUCGUCAACCUGGCCUCCAGUGACAUCAAGGCAGCUCUGGAUAAAUCCGCUCCCUGCCGCCGGUCAGUGGACCACAGAAAAUACUUGCAGAAGCAGCUCAAGAGGUUUUCUCAGAAGUACUCGCGGGUCCCGCGGUGCCAUCCUGGCAAGCCGACGGAGUGCGGCCCACGACGGGGAGCGGAGGACAGGGCCCGUGGCUGCCAGCCCGAGGUGCCCGACCCCGGUCCCCACAGCGGGGCUGCCGCUGAGAAGGUGCUGCAGGCAGCUGAAGCAGUUGAGAGCCUGGCUGGGGAGAGGGCUUUGCCAGAGCAAAACCCCGAGGCAGGCAGGCCUGACCAGGUGCCCAUGAGGAAACGACAGCUCCCCGCCUCCUUCUGGGAAGAGCCACGGCCGGCCCAGAGCCUGCCAUCCAGGGGCUUCCCCCCAGGCCCUGAGGGGCUGUCAGCCCCCAGAGACACUCCUCCCUUUGAGGGGAAGAAAAGCAAAAGGAGCCUGGACACUGCUGGUCCCGAGAGCCCCCCUGAGCCUGCCCUGCAAGCAGGGGAGAAAGACCCUGCUGGAGUCCUCUCAGGCCGGGUGGGCACCUGGACCUGCUGCCCCUUCCCGUGCCCUGGGCCAGCUGUGUACCAGCCCCCGGGGACACUGCCCCCAUCGCCCUUCCCGGGGCUGGGGCUGUGGAGGAAGAGUGCGGCCACACUGCCGGCCGAGGCACAGCCCUUCUGCAAGGAGGCGGAGGGCACGGGGCAGAAACUCUACAGGCCCGUGGUUUUGAAACCCAUCCCCACCAAGCCUGCUGUCCCCCCACCAAUUUUCAAUGUUUUUGGGUAUCUUUAGCUGGGGAAAAAGGCUGUUGGGUGUCACGCUGGACACGACAGCCCUUCAGAGAGAGCUGAAGUGUCAGGUUAGGCAGUGGGCACGAGCUGCUGGCAGUGUGGGAAAGGAGUUUGCAUCCAGAGAUGGCGGCGAACACACAGUCGUCCUCCUGCACAGGCUGCAGUGAAUCAGGAACAGUUUGGCCUCCAUGCUCCUCUCACCACACGGGUGCAAGUCAGGAAUAAGCCUUAUGAAGCUGGUGGCAUGGCGUGUGGGGCAAACCAGGCCCCUUUUGUGUAUCACAUUGUUCGAGCCAUGGCGAGUGGGGCUCCGGGCCAUUCACAGCCUGCACUUGUAACACCUAGGAGACCUCCUCCAUGUGGGAACAUCUUCUGGGGGUUGCCCUGUGGCCACAGCAGCAAAAUGAAAUGAAUUAAACUGCUUGAAACAGUUUUUCUACUUUUAAGUAAUUCUGGAGAAGUCAAGAUAUUCAGGUCACUUCCUUUUGCGUGCAAGAGACUGGAAGGACAGUAUUUAAUGUAGAAACCAUGUUUGUGAAUUGAUUUAAGCUCUUCUUGUGUGUAAAUACUGAGAGAAUUAAAAAAAAAUAAAGGAAGAAAGGAGGUAAUUUUAUUCUAGUGAUUCUGCAAAUGUAGUGUUUACUUUUGCCCCACUGGGUAGACUCAGGUUUAAUUUGCAACUGGUGGUUAGACACGAGGGCUGAAAUCUCUGUCCAUUCAGAGUGAUGUAAAUCAAAUGUAAUUCUUCUGAGGCUGGGAAAUUAGCUGGUGUUAAACCAGUGCAAAUGAAAGCUGAAUGAAUUUCUGCUUCAGAAAUUGUUCUGCACUAACAAAAAAAAAUGAUAAAUUGUCUAACUAGUUGAAUAUAAAAACAUAAAAUACGAUAGAAAAGAGCAUAGAAUAGCCUGCCUUCAUUUCUGUCUAGCAGAGAGAUCUUUUAUUUUGCCUGAUUUUAAGAUGUAAUCACUGGCUACAAAUGAUUUGCCAAGUGUUUUCUUAAUUAUUUUAGUGAAGUGGCAUUGUAAAAGCUAAUAGUUUUUUUUUUUUAAGUUAAGUUUUUCUUAAACCUUUCUGUGCUCUUUGCUAAGGCACAGAACAUGAGAUCUGAAAGUUUUAAUACUGCAGAUGUAUAGCUAUUCAGUUACACUGGAAUAAAUCACUGAGGAUAUGAGCUGUGCGUUAUGGGGGAAAAAAGAACAGAGAAUGGACAUCUGUGACCUCCCCAGACCUGAACCUGCUCUUGAUGGAGUGAAUGGGAUCUUCUCCCAGGAUUCAACAAAAAGUAGCCUCAAUAUCAUUGGCCUCUGGCUACUGUAGCGCUCUAUCACUCUUGGUAUCUCCGUGAAGAGAAAAACAGGCUAUGCUUUCAAGUGCAGUCAUGAAAAUUUCAUUCAUUCGUUGCAAUUUCCAAUUUUGGUCAUGAAAUAAUUAUCAUCUUAAGCCACCAUGGAGUCUAAUUUUGGAUCUUGUGAUGGGGCUUGGUGUUAUGUAACCAGGCUGCAACUGUAGUUAGGACAUAAACUACUUUCAGGCCAAAUGUAGCUUGUUCUUUUCCCAAACCUCUCAGUUUAUCCCAGUGAUGUUUACUUUUAUGGAAACAAUGGCUGUAGUGUACUGGUCUAGCAGAUCCAAAGUAGAAGCAGAGAUGGUUUUCAUUGCUUUCUCACUGCUACCAGUACUUCACAUAUGUAUCAAGCCUCACCUAUAGGACACAGAGAAAAAAAUGGCUUUGGUAGCGCAUACAUGCAACUACAUGUAAGGUGCAAGGUGGUAAAGAGAUGGUCUAAGAUAUAAAGGCAUCAGGUUAGCUCUUGAUCCAGAAGUGAAGAUAUGAAUAUACUUAUGUCUUUAUGUUUUCUCUUUUGGGGAAAAAAAAAUCCAUGAGGAGACUGUCCCUCUCUAAGGUGACUCCAACAAAAAUCAGAAACAGUAGCCCUAUUUACUUUAGUGGGAGGAGAAUUAUGGCUCUAAAAUUGCAGAGCCAUAGGCAAGGUAUUUUUUACAAGGAAAUAGGAGCACUUUCUCACAUAAACAGCUCUGUGUCACUGUUGUAAUCCAGAUGAAGCCUGCUGCUGAACUGGUCUCUCUCAGUGUUGCCAAUGCAGAGCAGCCUCCUUGGCAUCACUCUUGAUUUCCCUCUGGGUGACCAGAGCAGCUCAUGGAAUGAGCAGCGGGUAUUGCAAAAAUUGCUGUGGGCAACUGCUCCUGCUUGAUUUCAGGGGAGAAAUUUGAAAGUGUUGCAUGUUGCACAAGAUUUCUAUCAACAUUGAAAUACUUGGCAAAGUGGAUAGCUUUUGCAGAAAUUUCAUUUCUGAAGACAUCCAGAAAAUGAAAGGAGUUAAAAACAAGUUUCUACCUUUUACAUACCUUUUUUUUUCUUUUUUUCUUUCUUUCUUUUUCUUUUUUUUUUUUUAACUGUUUAUUUGAAUGUGUGUUGCUGUACAUUUUUGAUAUAGCUGUAUAGCAUAUUUUAAGUCAAAGUAUAGAACCAGACCAUUCUGGUUCUAUAGUGCCAAUGCACUUACAUUUACACACUUACCCUCAGAUUCAGGCUGAUGUUAUGUUUUAAAAGCCUUAAAUUCCUUUGUGACAUGGAACUUCCCUCCCCAGCCCAGAGCAGGAACUGGCCCUUGCUGGGGCUCUGAACUGGAUCAGCAGUGA